CUUCAGCACUUUCAAAUUGCUGACUUGAGACGAACACUUAUUUCCAGCUUCUAAGGAUCAGUUCUAGUGAACGGGACACCCGGCGGUGCAUACACUUACCGGAAUCAGAUCGUCAAAACCAAAGAAACGGUGGGUAAACAUGGAGAGCUACGGCCAGAAACCCCGGGUCUACCGCACCGCUAUGUUCAAGGUGCCAGAACCAGAGAAGCAGGAAAAGCUACUCGAGGCGCUCCGGGUGUUUGCGAGGAGUCAGGCUAGGGACGGAAAACCAUAUAUCCUUGACAUACACGCCGGCCUAACCAAGGACGAAACGCGAGCAAAAGGGUACACGGUUGUGGCGCAAACUUUGUUUGCCAACCGCGACGACAUGGAGUACUACGACAACGAGUGCCCAGCGCAUGCCAACCUUAAGAAAGUCGCGGCGGGGCUCGGGCUUCCUGAGCGGCCGCUCAUAGUGUACUUUGAAGAGUGAGAGACAGGGGACUGAAUUCGGGGGGUUAGCAUAGAUUAUCAUUAUUCUUCAAGAACGAAGCAGAUGAAG